GGGUGGGCCUGUGGCAGCGCGGGAACCAAGGACAGCACCGGGCACAUACAUGUCACGUGACCCCCAGUCUCCCAGUGAGGGCGGGUCUCCUCUGAUCAUGGCCCGUCACCCCGGACCCCAGCGGUGGAUCAUGUAACACAUUGCUGAUAGUAUAUGGGUACAGAUGGCUCCUAUCAGAAUCCAACACGUUGUGUCCUUCAGCUCACAGGAUCCCAAGCACCCUGUGGACAAUCUCCUGAGUGAGGACUCCAUCCAGCCGUGGCUCAGCUGUCCCCGGGACCGCAGCCGGCAACUGAAGGUGGAGCUGCAGCUGGAACUGGCCUGUCACGUGGCUUACGUAGAUAUAGGGAACAGUGGUUCUGCCUUCCUGCAGAUUGAUGUCGGGCGUUCCAGCUGGCCUCUGGAUAAACCCUUUGUCACCCUGCUUCCCACGGCCACCCUAAUGUCUCCCACAGACUCCAGACUAGGGAAGAACUGCAGAGCAGUGAGGAUGUUCAAAGAAGGGGAUUUCCUAGAGGAAGCAGCCAGUGAGAAGUGGGACCGGCUCCGUAUUACCUGCAGUCAGCCCUUCAACAAGCAGGAGCAGUUUGGCCUAUCUUUCAUCCGCAUCCGAUCCCCUCUGGAAUCGGAGAACCCAGUGAGGACACCAGCGGCCGGGGUCCAUCAGGUGUCGGUCCCUAAUUCCAUGGUGAAGACUACGAGAGAGGACGGAGAGACUGCCGCCUGGAGUCACCUGGAGGAGAAAUUAAUGGAGAAGCUGCAGCAGGCGGUGUCCCCGUCAUCCGCUAGAAGCGAGCGGAUGAGCCGCACCGCUCGUAUGGUCCUCUCUGCGGCUAAGUCACGCAAACGCAGCCAUCCAAUCACAGCGCCGCUGAGCCCUCCCAUCCCCUGCCACUCCGGGGAGAGCGAGAGCCCGGUCUCCUCCGGAUCAUGUCCUGAGACCUCUGUUACUCGGCACAGCCCCGUACAGAAGGAAGCGGUGAAUCCUAGUGGAAGGCGCAGGCUGAAUAUGGCGGGUUCCCGGGGAAGAGCGCCGAGCCGUCAGCUGGAGCGGCAGCCAGCACACAGGAGAGAGCGUGACAGUCCCCACGUGACGGAGAACUCCCCAGAGACCGCCAGAGACUGCAGCAGCUGUCCAAUCUGUGCCGGGUACUUUCCUACAGACUACCUGCCCACACAUGCCUCCACGUGUGGAGAAGACGCCGUGCCCCACAGCAUCACGCUGUCAUCGGAAGACGACUCCUGCUACGAGGUCCAGCUUGGCCCAGUCCUUCCUGAUGCCCCCGUAUCCUGGGUUCAGUGCCCCCUGUGCGAGUUUAGGUUCCAGGGCAGUGAAAUCGAGCAGCACGCCAGCAGCUGUGGGGAAUAAAGCGGCUGAGAUCUGGGGUCACUGAGGCCGUACAUUAUACAUCACUGAUUGGCGUCUCCUUGUACUGUCCUCAUCUCAGAGACUCCCUGAUUGCUGGGAUGAAGCUUUGGCAGCCAGUUACACACAAGGGGCCACCUGCUAGUUCCAGGGCAUAUCUGUGUAAGAGUUAUAGGAACAUGGAUGCAGCGAUGGAUCGGAACCAGCCGGUGCUGUUGCUGACUAUGAGAGAGAGUAGAGGACAGAAAUAUUGGCCCUCAUUCAGCUUCAGUAGCAGAAAAUCGUAAAGGGCCGAAUUCAAUUCAAUGGCAAAAUCGCUGUAAUUUACGGCAAUUGGCGUUUUCACCAUUUUUUUUUUUUUUGCCGGUCGGGAAAAGUAGAGGGAGAAAGGAGCUCAGGUGUCCUUUCUUCGGGAGGGAAGAGGGGGGAGUCGACUACGCUGCUCAGCGCUGCGUAGCUUCUUAGUACAUCCCGCCCUUUGUGCAGUCUCUGCGCAGCCGAGAACUUACUCUCCCCGUGCGAUUGAUUCCUUCUGAUCGGGGCCGUAGCUGACGUUAGACACCCUCCCUGAAAGCGCCUGAGCCUGGCUGUGUUUUUCCGGACACUCCUGGAAAACGGUCAGUUGCCACCCACAAACGUCCUCUUCCUGUCAGUCUCCUUGCGUACGCCCGUGCAUUCAGAUUUUUUGCACCAUCCCGUCGCAAGGCGCCGAUGCCUGUUGCUGUUGCGCAACAUGCCAGCGCAUUGCGGUGUACAAACAUGCGCAGUUUGGAUUUGAUCGCCCGCUGUGCGAAAACGCUCAGCAGCGAUCAUAUCUGAAUUAAGCUUUUAAUUAGGUCAUUUUAGGGCACUUAAAAAAAAAAAAAAGUGGAAUCAGACCGAUUACUCCCACCUGCAAGUUUAAAAACACUUGUCCCACGCAUAAAGUCCAAUAUACCUGUCCCAUACCCUGUACCCCAAUUUCCAUCAUUUUGCAUUUUUCACCCCAAAAAUUACAUGUCAUUAUUGGCCAAUUUAAAAUAAUUAAAAACGUCUAAGUGCCUAAUUAGUCAUUAGAAAGGGUGUCCCAGGGGUUCAGAUCCAAAUCCCAACAUUUUUAACAUAAAAUAGGGAUUUUCCCUAAAUUUAUCAUCUGCUCAGAGUUGGUGAAUUGAAAUGUGCUGUAAAAUUACAAUAAAACCUUUUUCACGGACAAUUGAAUAGGCGUUUUCUUGAAUUUACCACAAUUCGCUGUGUCACGGCUAAUUGAAUUCAGCCCAAAAUUUGCUACUGAAAAAAUCACAGGGCAAGAUCGGCCGGCAUGAGAAGCACCGCCCACUGAUGCGAUCGUAUUUAAAAAUGCGAACCUAACGCAGGCAUCGUGACCAUCGGGCUUACCGGUAGCCCCCACCCGGCAUACGCAGCAUGGCCAUGUUUUCUCCCCGCAUCAUCUGCGUGUGACUUUAUGCAGCCGUCCCUAAUAUGGUUCGGACACGCUUGCAUUGUUCGGACCCCUCCACCCUAAUGCCGUGUAGCCGCCCCUCCCCCCGACACCCGCCCCUGUCAAUCAAGUUGCAAUCAGAUCAUUCCGGGAUGCAAUCGCAAUCUGAAAGUCCGAGCACACGCUGUGUGGCCGCAGUGCAUGCACAGUAGGACGAAAAUCGCCCGCUUUCGCGCUUUUGUGACUGAAGCUGAAUGAGGCGCCAUUCUCUGCUCCUAGUACAGUGGUGACGUUGCAAUAAAAUCUACUGAUAACAAAAGUGCUUAUUUAUUUUUUAGUUUAUUUUUUAUAUACACCAACAGGAAACACUUUCUGGAUCUUGAUUUGGCGCUAAUCCACCUUUCCAGCAGCACGGAGCCGGACUGUGCUUGUACCUUUCAUAAUAAAAUCUGUACAUGAGAA